UCAACAUGUGACGCUACUUGUAACGUAGCUAAAGAGGUUCGGUUUCUGUUGUUUGUUAUCAUCUGUAGCUCAGAGAUGGACAAGAAAUUGGACACGGACAGCCUGGAAAUGCGUCUUCAGGCGUUGGAGAACCGACUAUACGGGGAGAGAAGAACCAAAAGUGGAAAACCUGUCAAGUGUGCAGAAGCUUUGGUCAGAAUUCAAGGAGGUUUGAUCAACACGGCCAACAAGAGAGAGAGAGUAAAGAUCCUCCACAAGAAGAUUGAGGACCUGAUGAAGUAUCUGGACCCCCAGUUCACUGACCACAUCACUCUCCCUGAUGCCAUGAAACUAGAGUUCAUCCUUGCAGAGGAAGACUCUUUGCUCUCUGAAGCUGCUUUGUUGGAGCAAGUUAACAAUUUACAGCCACUGUUGGACAGCACUCAUAUUAGAGAUGUACCUGAGCAUGCAACCAAGCUGCAGCGUCUUUCACAGAUUCACAUCAAGCAACAGGACCAAACUGAAGCUCAGUCACUGGAAGUCAAGAAGCUUUUUGAGGAAUACAACAAAAUGAUGUUCCUGCUCUCCAAGCAGUUCACCCAAUGGGAUGAGACCCUGAGGAAAAUGGAGGAGGCCAAAGGAAUCAGACCUGCAGAGUAGUUGCUCUGAGAAAAGCUGGAAAGAGAACGACCUUGAAGAACACUGCACUACAAUAGGAGUUCCCGAAUAGACGCGUUACAUUAUGUAGCUCAUGCUACCCCAGUAAGUCAGAGGAAAACAUAAAAACAUUUCAACACAUUUUCUUGUUUACUUUUCUUUUAUCUCAUUGAAGUAUUGCUGUUGCCUAAACACUGUCAGUGACUUUUAAUGCAAAGUUACAGAGUGAAAUAAUAAAAUAAUUGAACUCA